CACGAGGGAAAAAUUUUCCCUUCACUCUCUCUCUCAUUUUCACUUUCUCUGCAAUUUCUGCUUCUUUUCCUUUCACCACGGAGCUUCUUCCACCCACUUCCUUUUUUCCUUCUUCUUCUACUUCUUCUUCUUCUUCUUCUUCUUCUUCUCUCUCUCUACUCACAGUUCCCAACUUUCCACUGGUUAAGCUCUCAGCUCUGGUGGGAUUCCAAGGAAGGUCCUUGUUCUUCUGAUCGCGGUAUGACACGGACUUGUCUUAAAGAGAAUUUUUUUACCAUUCUUAGGUAAGCAAUGGUUGCUGAAUCAUGGUUUAGAAGUCUUUGGAAGACUCAACGGAAGGAUGGUACUAGUUCUGAGAAGUCGGUGAUUGGAGUAUUAGCAUUUGAAGUUGCAAGCUUGAUGUCCAAGAUUGUUAAUUUGUGGCAGACCUUGAGUGAUAAACAGGUUGCUAGGUUGAGAGAGGAGAUCACACAUUCGGUUGGUAUAAAAAGACUUGUUUCAGAAGAUGAGAACUUCAUCGUACGUUUAAUCAGCUUAGAGAUGCUUGAGACUAUGUCACAUGUGGCUGAAUCUGUUGCUAGGCUUGGGAAGAAAUGCAGUGAACCGAGUUUGCAACGAUUUGAAAAUGCCUUCGAUGAAUUUAUCACUCUCGGUGUUGAUCCACUUAAAUGGGAAUUCACUAGCAAGAAAAUGGAGAAAAAGGUCAAGAGGAUGGAAAAGUUCAUAUCAACUAAUGCAAGUUUGUAUCAAGAGAUGGAAAUGCUUAAUGAUCUUGAGCAAACUCUUAAGAGAAUGAAGGCAUAUGGCGAGUCUGAUGGGGCAAAUGUAGUUGACUAUCAGAAGAAGGUUGCAUGGAAGAGGGUAGAGGUGAAGAACUUAAAAGAUGAUUCGCUUUGGAACAGGACAUUUGAUUACACUGUGGAGCUUUUGGCAAGAUCCUUGUUCACAAUAUUCAGCAGAAUCAACCUGGUAUUUGGAGUUCAAGAGGUCAUAGAUGCUCGCAGAACCAGAAACUCAAUUAACCGGAAUUCUGGUCACAGUCAUGACAGUCAAUCAGUCUCUGAACUAUUGCAACCAUCGAUCCACCCAUCUGAGAAUAAUGUUGCUAGAUUUGCUUCUGGACCCCUUGGCGCUUUUACUCUUAGAUCAAGUCCAAGUGUUAGAACAAAAGUAACUAGUGUUUUUAGUUCCAGACCUCUCGGUGACUCGUCCUUAAAUUCAAGCCUAACUCAAGCGAAGUCUAGACGUUCCAAGCUUUUCUCAGGCCCUCUCGGAAAAAGUUCAAAAAAACCUGUUGCAGAUGGUGGAACAAAUAAUAGCAGCAGGAUUUGGAAGAUACAAGGUCAGUCAACCACCAUAAAUGGGAAGGAAACUCACUCGAAACACAGUCGACUGACUCAAGUAGGGCCUUUCAAAGGAUGUAUGGCUGCUGAUAGUUCCUCUGUCACUGACUGCCUCUUGAACCUAAAUGAUGAUUCUUUAAGAACACCGAAUGGCAAAGAUGCUAAUUCAAAUCAAUCUCUCUUCAGUUCUCUGUGCAGGCUAAAGCCACCAUCUGAAUCCCUUGGUGCUGCUUCUUUGGCCCUGCAUUAUGCAAACAUUAUUGUCGUGAUUGAAAAGCUAGCAGCUUCUCCAUACAUGAUUGGUCUCGAUGCAAGAGAUGAUCUGUACAACAUGUUACCGAGACGCAUCAGGGAUUCUCUCAGGACCAAGCUAAAGCCUUAUAGCAAGGGUAUGAAGUCAGCUGUUUACGACGCAAGUCUAGCAGAUGAUUGGACCGAAGCAAUAACAAGUAUAUUAGAAUGGCUGGCACCAUUGGCUCACAACAUGCUGAGAUGGCAAUCUGAGAGAAGUUACGAGCAGCAUAGCUUCGUUUCGCGGACGAAUGUGCUGCUGGUGCAAACGCUUUACUUUGCAAAUCAAGAACAAACAGAAGCAAUAAUCACCGAGCUUCUUGUCGGUCUGAAUUAUGUCUCGAGAUACGUUAGGGAUCUCAAUGCGAAAGCUUUGGCAGACUGUGGCAGUAGUAGGGUAGGAAAUAAAUAUGCUCAACUGAACGGACAACCAAUUUUCAGUUAGCUUGCCAGUAAUUUCCAACAGACGUCAAGUUCAGACCCGUCAACUCCGAAUGAGAUUUCCAGAGGCACCAACCAAGCUUCUCAACUUUGGUGUAUUGUGAAAGAGAUGCUCACAUCCACUAUCAUAAUACCUGUGUUUGAGAGUUUUCAUUUCAGAGGGGAAGGGAACAAAACGAGAGGAGCACUAUAAGUCUUUCUUUCUCUGUGUUCUCUCCAAAAUCAAAACUCCUAAACACAACCUUAAGAUCAGAAUGCAAGUAUUGUUGAGGAAUGUUCUUUACUUUUAUUCGAUGAGCUCCUAGCUGAUAUAACUUUGGAUCACUGGUCUCAUCAUUGAAAAGUAGUGCCUGCAGUUGAGAGUGUAUAUUUAUGACCAGAAGAUAAGUUCUAUGAUGUAUAGUUUUUAUCACAGUAAUCAUUUCUAAUGAUAUAAAUGGUUAUGCAUGGAGAUUUGGAUA